GUCACACACUUGGUCAUGCACACACACACAAAACGGGGCAGACGUAAGCAAGGUAUAAAAGGUCGCUAUACUUGUUUCUGAGAAGACAGAUUGAUCACAUCUCGCAGGAAGUCAAGAACAAAGCAAUCAUGUUUUGGACAAGAUAUGCUGGAGCAAGUAUAUUAUUGUUUUUUAUGCUUAUUCGUCUUGGACAACUGUAUCCAAGAAAUGAUAUGAAUAACUUUGGAUGUGAGGAGUGCAAACUCAAGGAGAACAACAUUUUCUCAAAACCUGGAGCUCCUGUCUAUCAGUGUAUGGGAUGCUGUUUUUCUAGGGCUUACCCCACGCCCCUGAGGUCCAAGAAAACCAUGCUUGUUCCAAAAAAUAUCACAUCAGAAGCUACAUGCUGUGUAGCCAAAGAAGUUAAGCGGGUGCUUGUCAAUGAUGUCAAACUAGUGAACCACACAGACUGCCACUGCAGCACCUGCUACUAUCAUAAGUCUUAAACAAACAACAACAAAAACAUUGUGACAUUCAAGAUUUGCUUGUGUUGGCCUAAAACUAGUUAUAUUCCCAUCUACCUGUCAUUUUACGCCACUUAUUAGUUUUGUUAGCUGUGCAUAUUUACUUUUCUACCAUGCAAAUUAUUCCCUAAAUUGUCAAUGCUGGGUGUUUUUUCCACAACUUCUUUUCCAAAAGGUUGCCAUCAUUAUUGCAACCAACAUUUUAAGAGCAAAUAAUGUGAUAUUUUAUCAUUAAUAAAAUGCAAGAAAACAUCAUCACUGCACUCUGUUUGUUAUUAGUUUAAGCCCUCUUUUGCUGGUAAUUGCCCAUUUAUUUUGUCAUCUUACUUAUGUAAGAUUGUUCAGAUCCAUAUAUUAAAUUAAAAAUAUGAUUGCUUGUGA